AGGCCAAGCCCAUGAACUGUUCGAUCAAAUGCUUCGCGCGCAACCAUUGCCUUAUAUUGUUCUGUUCAACAAAUUGCUUGGUAGAGUUGUGAAAAUGAAGUGUUAUAGGGCUGCUGUUUGCAUGUUUAGCGAAAUGCGCCUUCGGGGUAUCCCUGUGGACGCUUAUACCCUAACCAUUCUCAUUGAUGCAUUAUGCCUCUCAAAUCGUGUGGAUUUCGGGUUUUGUGUGCUUGGGUUGUUCUUCAAAUCUGGAAUUGAUAUCAAUGUGGUGACUUUCACCAAACUGAUCAAAGGUCUCUGUCUGGAUAAUAAGAUUGUGGAGGCUGUAGAGCUAUUCAAGAAGUUGGUUAUGGAGGACGUUUGCCAAGUUAAUAUUUUCACCUAUGCUGUACUAAUGAAGGGGCUUUGCAAGGCAGGUUAUACUCAAACUGCUCUUGAUUUACUCAUACUAAUGCAAAAGGAGGGGCCUCAGCCUAACAACGUAGCAUAUAACAUUGUGAUUGAUUCUUUGUGCAAAGACGGAAUGGAGGUUACCAAGUUAAUGAAUGAGAUGGUGCACCAUGAGGUAUAUCCAGAUGUCGUUACCUUCACUAUAAUGGUAGAUGCUUUUUGCAAGGAGGGGAAGUUGAAAGAUGCAGAAGCUAUUAUUCCAAUCGUGAUUCAAAGAAACAUUUGUCCUGAUGUCAUCACAUACAACCCAUUGAUUGAGGGGUACUGUUUGCAAGGGAAAAUUGAUGAUGCUCGCAGAGUUCUUGGACAGAUGGUAGACAAAGGCAUUCGACCAAAUCUUACAAACUAUAACACGAUAAUUAAUGGAUAUUGCAAAAGAAAAGCAAUGGACGAGGCCAUGCAUCUUUUUCAUGAAAUGCCUCAAAAGGGGCUCCAUCCUGAUGCUGUUACUUACACCACAAUGUUGCAAGGGCUUUUUCUGGUGGGCCGAUGUGAUGAUGCUUUAAAUCUCUUUCAGGAUAUGCAAUUGUCUGCACAUGCACCUGAUUUUCACACGUAUUGCGUCUUACUUACCGGUUUGUGCAAUAACGGACAUAUUGAAGAGGCAAUGUCACUCUACAGUAAGUUUCGUGGGAACGGGAACGGCUCUCACGUUUUUGGUAGCAUCAUUAUAGAUGGGCUGUGCAAGACGGGACAACUCAAUAUUGCACGCGGUGUAUUAAGUAACCUCAUCUUUAAGGGUCAGCACGUAAAUGUUUAUGCAUACAAUGCAAUGAUAUAUGGGCUCUGCCGAGAGGGAUUAGUACAUGAAGCCUUAGACCUUCUUAGGAGAAUGGGCGAAACUGGUUGCUUACCGAAUUCUUUCACUUACAAUGUUAUUUUGAAAGAAUUUGUUAGAAUGGAAAAAAUGCACGAGGCAAAUAUGUUAUUAGAUGAAAUGUCUAGCAAGUGCAUUUCUCCAGACGUUUACACAUUGACCUUGAUGAAUGACUUACUUGCAUUUGGAGCAGUUCGUGAUCUCGACCAUGCCCGGGAACUGUUCGAUCAAAUGCUUCGCGCCCAGCCAUUGCCUUCUAUUGUUCAGUUCACCAAAUUGCUUGGUAAAAUUGUGAAAAUGAAACAUUAUGGGGCUGCUGUUUGCUGGUUUAAAGAAAUGCGCAACCGUGGUAUCUCAGUGGAUUCGUAUGCCCUAACCAUUCUGAUUGAUGCAUUAUGCCUCACAAAUCAAGCGGAUUGCGGGUUUUCUGUGCUUGGGUUGUUCUUCAAAUGUGGGAUUGAAGUCAGUGUGGUGACAUUCAACACACUGAUCAAAGGUCUUUGUCUGAAUGAUAGGAUUGUGGAGGCCAUAGAGCUAUUCAAGAAGUUGGUUAGGGAGGAAGUUUGCCAAGUUGAUAAUUUCACUUAUGCUAUACUCAUGAAUGGGCUUUGCAAGGCAGGAGGGGAGGUUGAAAGAUGCAGAAUCUAUUAUUCAAAUCAUGAUUCAAAGAAACACUUAUCCUGAUGUGAUCACAUACAACACAUUGAUUGAGGGGUAUUGUUUGCUAGGGCAGAUGGAUGACGCUCAGAGAAUUCUUGGUCAGAUGGUAGACAACGGCGUUCGACCUAAUGUUAUGAACUAUAACACACUAAUUAAUGGAUAUAGCAAAAGAAAAGUAAUGGAUAAGG